AUGGCUGAUGCCCAACGCGCACCCUCUGGUGAACAGCGCGGCUUUGGCCGUGGCCGUGGAGGUCGCGGCGGCCGUGGAGGCCGUGGAGGCCGCGGAGGCAGCAACGAGAAGGAGGAGUGGGUCCCUUGCACGAAGCUCGGACGUCUUGUGAAGGAGCAGAAGAUCACUUCUCUGGAGGAGAUCUUCCUCUUCUCGAUGCCCAUCAAGGAGCACCAGAUUGUGGACCAGCUCAUCAAGGAGAGUGACAUGCGUGACGAGCUGAUGCUGAUUGUCCCUGUGCAGAAGGCGACGUCGGCCGGCCAGCGCACGCGCUUCAAGGCAUUCAACAUUGUUGGCGAUGGCAACGGCCACAUCGGCGUGGGCGCCCGCGUCGGCAAAGAGGUGUCCCUUGCCAUCCGCGCCUCCAUGAUUGCUGCCAAGCUGAACGUUGUUCCCAUCCGCCGCGGCUACUGGGGUAACAAGAUUGGCGAGCCACACACGAUCCCGAUGAAGGUGACUGGCAAAUGCGGCUCCGUGUCCGUCCGUCUGAUCCCCGCGCCGCGUGGUGCUGGCAUUGUCGCGGCACCCGUCCCGAAGAAGAUUCUUGAGUUUGCCGGCGUUGAGGACGUGUACACGAGCUCCUGCGGCAACACCCGCACGCGUGGCAACUUCAUCAUGGCGACCUUCUAUGCACUGCGCAAGACUUACGGCUUCCUGACGCCAGACCUUUGGGCUGAGACGGAGGUCUCGCGUGACCCCACGGAUGAGCACUCCGACUUCCUUACAAUGGGAAGCAAGAUGAUCGCCGCAUGA